AAUCGACUACCUCCACUUACCUAAUGAUGGAAACCCCACUUUCUACCCCUAAAUAGCCACUAAAGCGUCGGAUGAGUGACAACAGAGAUGCUGCGAACAACGGCCGAAAUCCUGGAGCGUCUUUUUUGAUGUUUUGGACUGUGGGUGUGUGAUCACUGAACACUCAGAGCACUGUCUGAACGGAUUGUGGGAUACAAAUCGGCACAUUCACCUACCAAAAUGAUGGACACCCCAAUUUCCCCCCUCUAAAUAGCACCUAAAGUGUCGGAUGAGUGGGAUCAGAGAUGCUGCGAACCACAACAAUCCUGGAGCGUCUUUUUUAAAGAGCACUGUGGGUGUGUGCACUGUCUGACCGGAUUGUGGGAUACAAAUCGACCACCUCCACCUUCCAAAUUAUGGAAACCUCACCUCACCCCCCUAAAUAGCCACAAAAGCAUCGGAUGAUUGAGACCAGACAUGCAUUUCUUGCUUUUUUGAUCGGGACUGUGGGUGUGUUUUACGCGCAGGGCUCGUCGUUUCGUCCGGACUUGCUGCUCGCCAAAACUUCCCCCCUGCUUCCCAUCAAGUCAUGUCUGAUACACAGCGAUGGGCAAGUUUGACGACAACGAGAGGAUAAUCCUCAACGUGGGGGGCACCAGGCACGAGACGUACAAAAGCACCCUGAAAACACUGCCGGGCACGCGCUUGGCCCUGCUAGCCUCCGACUCGGACAUCGACUCGGUGCUGGAUCAGCUGCAACAAGUGCCGGGGUUUAUAGAGUACAAUGCGCGGACAAACGAGUACUUCUUCGACCGCCACCCGGGGGUUUUCGCCUAUGUGUUGAACUACUAUCGCACCGGGAAGCUCCACUGCCCGGCGGAUGUGUGUGGACCUUUAUUCGAGGAAGAGCUCUCUUUCUGGGGCAUCGAUGAGACGGACGUGGAGCCCUGCUGCUGGAUGACGUACCGCCAGCACCGGGACGCGGAGGAGGCUCUGGAUGUGUUUGAGCUCAACGUGGACACCGGGGAGGAUGAGGAUGAGAUUGGGAAGAGGUUUGGGAUUGAGGACGUGGUGGAUGGGAAUGUGAGUCUGUGGAGGAAGUGGCAGCCGGUCAUCUGGAACCUGUUCGAGGACCCAUAUUCAUCCAGGGCGGCGAGGUUUAUAGCCUUUGCCUCGUUGUUCUUCAUCCUGGUCUCCAUCACCACCUUCUGCUUGGAGACUCACGAAGCGUUUAACACCAUCAUCAACAAGACAGAUCCAACGAGGAACAGCAGCGCUCCGGACUCAGGCCCGCAGUACGAGAUAGAAACUGACCCAGCUCUCACCUAUGUGGAGGGCGUUUGCGUCUUCUGGUUCACCAUUGAGUUCCUCGUCCGCGUCACGUUCUGUCCGGUGAAGCUGGAGUUUAUUAAAAGCGUCCUCAACAUCAUCGACUUUGUGGCCAUCCUGCCUUUCUACUUAGAGGUUGGGUUGAGCGGCCUUUCUUCCAAAGCUGCCAAAGAUGUGUUAGGUUUCCUCAGAGUGGUUCGCUUCGUUCGAAUCCUUCGUAUCUUCAAGCUAACGCGUCACUUCGUGGGUUUAAGAGUGCUCGGACACACUUUACGAGCGAGCACCAACGAAUUCCUGCUGCUCAUCAUUUUCCUGGCGUUGGGAGUACUUAUUUUCGCCACCAUGAUCUACUACGCCGAGCGAAUUGGCGCAGAUCCCAACGACCCAACGGGUAGCAACCACACAAAGUUCAAAAACAUCCCAAUUGGCUUUUGGUGGGCCGUGGUGACCAUGACAACACUGGGUUAUGGAGACAUGUAUCCAGAGACCUGGUCAGGCAUGGUUGUUGGUGCGUUGUGUGCCUUGGCGGGCGUUCUGACGAUAGCCAUGCCCGUUCCUGUUAUCGUGAAUAACUUUGGGAUGUACUACUCGCUGGCCAUGGCCAAGCAGAAGCUUCCCAAGAAGAGGAAGAAGCACAUUCCUCAGGCGGUGCAGGGGGGGUCGCCCAUUUACUGCAAAGCUGAGCUCAACACCACCUGCAACAGCACUCAAAGUGACCUGUGCAACACCAAAGGAGGAAGGGGACUCGAACGCAACCGCUCAGUUCUGUCAGCAGACUGCAGUGGGGGGGGCAGUGACCUCACUCUGUCCCCGGAGGAGAGGGUCCCGAUGAGGAGGUCCAGCACCCGAGAGCAGGACCUCAGCGGGGGGGGAACCUGCUUCCUGCUCGCUGCCAGUGACUACGCUGCAGACGGAGGGAUGAGGAAGACAGAUAUCUGCAAAGAGGUUGUCUUUACUGGUUUCACACAAGCAGAGAGCAGCGUUCUGUCUUAACAUCCUGGAGGAAAUUACACCGCCAUUUUGGACAGGUAACAGGUGUGAGGGUUGCUGUGCAGAACACUUUUUUGGUCAUGAUUUGGUGUUAAUGUGUGUUUAAACGGGGGUUAUUCAAUAAUCCCUCAGAAGAUAUGUACCUGUUGUGUGGUUUCUCUUGAAGGUGCUGCUUGUAGCAUUUGAAUCAGUGGAUGAUUAACACAUCAUAUUUUGUAUAAUUUUAUUUUUUUAACAGGAUGAGUGAGGGUAGAAUUACAUUACAUUCAAGAUUGCAUGACACCAAGAAAUUAAUUGACAACAAAAUGUGACUUAAAUGUGAUAGUAGCAACUAAUACUUCAU